GAGGGAAAAUAAGGGAAAAAAAGGAGCCAACUCAUCUGACAAACAGUGGGCCAAAGAAAGGGGAAGAGCAGGAGCAGCAGUGUCCAGAAGGAGUGGAAAAUCAAAGUUGGAGAAGAAAAGGAGAAGUGUAAAGACGACAGGACAGAGAGAGAAAAGAAGCCUGAGAGUCUGUACACAAAUAAAAAGUUUUUAGGCUGCCAAACAAAAGAAGAAAGAAGGGGGUUGAAGCAGAGAGGGCCCCAACAUUGACAGAGAGAACAGGAUGUCGACGCUACCAUCAGAAAACAGCAUUGAAGAUGCCAGCAAUCGCAGCUUCUGGAUGCCUGGGAACUACCAGCCCUCUGUGAAGCGAACAGAAGAUGCCUUCCAGGCCUGUAAUGACAUCGUGGCGUGUUUCCAAGAGAGAGCUCGUGUGGAGAGGCAGUACGCCCAGCAGCUCAGUGAAUGGAGCACCAAAUGGAAACCAGUAGUGGAUUCCAGUCCUCUGUACGGAUCUCUUCUGAAGGCUUGGCAGUGUUUUCUGUCCUCGGCUGACCGGCUGGCCUCCUUACACGCCUCCAUCUGUCGCUCCCUGGUGUCGGAGGAUGGAGACCGGGUCAGGACCUGGCAGAAGGACUCCUUCCACAAGAAGUUAUUUGGAGGCUUCAAGGAGUCCCAGGACAUUGAGACGGGCUUUACACGUGCUCAGAAGCCGUGGGCCAAGCGACUUAAAAAGCUAGAUAAAGUUAGGAGGGCAUACCAAAAAGUUAGCCGAAAGGAGCAUGCAGCGAGGGAGCGAGAUUUACACGCUCAGGGAAACCCGGACGUCGCCAUUGACAAACAGAAGAAGAUCCAGGAGGACAGAGAGCUGGUUCAACAGGAGGCAGAGAAAGUUCGUGCCCGCUAUGAGAAAGUCCUUGAGGAGGUGAACCGCUACGUUCCACGCUACAUGGAGGAAAUGGAGUCCAUCUUUGAUCAAUCGCAGGACGAAGAGCGCAAAAGGAUUGUCUUCCUCAAACAGGCCUUACUGUCCAUCCACAAACACCUGGACAUUACUAACAAUGAGAGUGUGAGGGCUGUGUACAAUGAGCUCCACAACACACUGAUGUCCAUCGAUGAGCAUGAGGACCUUCGCUGUUGGAAAAAUACCUACGGGCCCGGCAUGCCCACUGACUGGCCUCAUUUUCAGGAAUGGAUACCUGAGAAGAAAACCAAAAAAGGGAAAAAAGAAGUAGAAAAGAAAGGAACAAUAGAGAAGAGUGUGAUGAUUGGAGGAGUGAAAGUAAGAGCUCUGUAUGAUUAUGUUGGCCAGGAGACAGAUGAGCUGUCCUUUAAAGCAGGUGAAGAGUUUUUGAAGAUUGAGGAUGAGGAUGAUCAGGGCUGGUGUCGGGGGAUAAACGAUGGUGGGUGUGAGGGGCUUUACCCAGCAAACUAUGUGGAGAUGGUGUAGUUAGUGCAUGUAGACUGAAAAUGAAAGAUCUACAUACUUCAUUAUAUCAUGGUAAUUCACAACCUGGUAUAACAUCCAAAUGUCAGAAACAUAAAACCAAUGCUGUCAAACACCAAGUAGCUGUUAACCAAAGAUCUGGUCUGUGGAGGAGUAUGAUCACACGUAUAAGGAUAUUUUAGCAAACAGAGAAAUAAAAAAACUACCAAGGUUGUGUUAUCUCUUGAAGGAUUUUAAGAAAUGUUUUAAUAUAUAUAUAGAACGCAUAGAUAAUUUGUAUGGAGCCCUAUGAUAACAAUGCUUUAAUGUAUAAAAUUGCUCUUAUGGUACAUUUUAAAACUAGCCUUUUGGUGCUGAAAUUGCUUUACAGGACUGCGUUUUUUCCCUUGAACUGUUUUUAUUUCCUUGCACAUCAACACAUUGCUAUUAUAAUGCCCACAAAGCCUCAAUAUAUGAAGAAAGUGACGCUAAUACUGUGAUGAAGCACACUUUGAGUGACCUGUGUUUCUCUUCUGUUUAUCAGUGUUUAAAGAAACAGUUCAGCAUUAUUCAUAAUACUGUUGUUUUCUGUAAAACACACAGUAAAUGUGCUCAGUUUCUCUAUGUGUCAGGUACAGGGGGGAUCUCCUAGCUUAGCAUCAACACUCAUUCCAGGAACCAUGAUGCUGUCUUAUUUUUUAUCUUGUUAACUUAAAGUAACUAUAAUCAAUAUGUUCCACUUGCACAUGUUAUUACACCCCUCACUUCUACAGAACUUUAUUGGAUAAUUCAGGCCUUUGUUUUGGUUUUCUGCCUGCAAGCUUUUGGUUCAGUCCCACCACUCUCAUCAGGGUUGUUUUCAGCUAAAGCAGGCAGCUGCUUUCAGUGAAAAUUAUAAAAAGCAUAAAAACAACACCUGUGGAGCUCUGCAGACCAAGGCUCAGGGGGAAGAGCGGGUUGUCCGUUACAUGCAGGCUUGGUGGUUCAAUCCCACACUAAAUCUCACAAUAUUUACCGAUAGCCCUAAUGCCCUUGCAUGGCAUUUUCACCAACAGCAAGCUGUUUUUAAAGCAUUCUAUCCAAUAACAUAGAAAACUGUUAUAUAAACGCUGGUUAUUUAUAAUUUUUUCAACCGUGAUGGAAAGAGGCUAGGAGUUUCUCCCUGUUUCCAGGAUUUGUAUAAAGCCAGAACCCACUCUCUAUGCAUUUAUUUCCGAGACUAAACACGUCUAAGCAUUAAGAUGCUUUGCCAAACAGGACCCAGGUUUCAACAUGUCCCAGACGUAGCGCUAUCUCUGCACACAAUGUUUAGUGAUGAAACUGAUAUUAACGCCAAACAUUCAUAUUUCUUAGCAUGUAAGACUGUUCCUUAAAGAUAAGUACUUAUGAACAAAUACUUUCUGUCUGUAAUCAUCUGUUGCUGUAUUGCAUGUAUAAUGCUUAUCAUGGCAGGCAUCUUUACCAAAGCAAGGAAACGGUUUGCCUUCCUCUUGUCUGAGCAUUCGUCAGUAGACUUUCUGUGUAUGAGCUUUGUGUUCAGCUAUGCAUUUUCAGCUGCCUGUCUUUUGGAAAUAAAUUUGCAAAACUG